AAACAAAUUUUGGGUGUGCAAAUGUUAGUACUUAGUAUGUUAGUUUAUGUAAAAAUUCGAAAUGGGGUUGGGGGGUGGGGGGUGGGGGACUGGGGGUUACUCCUUGUUCUUCUCUCAUUCAUCUCUAAUAAAACUAGUAAAAUAUUGUCUCUACACUCUGCAACGAACUCUUCUUUCAGCAAAAACAUGCUCUAAAAUCCCUCUCCGAUCACCAAAAAACCCAUUUCUUCAACUCAUUCAAAACCCCCGAAUCCCCAAAACCUUCAAAAAAGCCCUCCAAAAUUCCUCGAUUCACAUCCGAAAUUUCCCAAAAUUCACCGCCGAACCCACCUUGAUCACCACCCUCCCCAUUUCGGCCAUGGAGCCCAAGCGCAAGAAAUCGAGAAAAAUCGAAGAGUCAAUCGAAAAGCCCUACCCCGAUCGCCUCAGCAGCCUCCCCGACAGCGUCCUCACCCACGUCUUCUCCUUCCUCGACUUCGAAUCCGUCGUUCGCACCUCCGUCCUCUCCAAACGCUACAAGCACCUCUGGACCCUCACCCCCUCCCUCGAUUUCCACCUCUCCGAACACGGCGACGACAAAAUCCGCCCCAACGACCACCGCCUCCGCGCCCGGGACAAGGAGGGCUGCAACAGUGUCUUCGAAUUGUACGUCAAUCACAUCCUCCAGCUGCGAGAGCACUGCAAUCUCUCCCAAUUCCGCCUCUCGCUGCACCGGCAUGCGCGGCCGGAGUUCGUGCAGAAUUGCCUAAUUUACGCCGUCGAGCACAAGGUGCAGCAUCUCAAACUGCGAGGUAUUUUCAAUCGGAAGCCCCUCGCAUUGCCUGGAAUCCUGCUUGAUUUGCCCUCGUUGAUUAGUCUGAGCUUGCAUAACGCGACUGUUAACGGCAUAGAGCUGCCGAAAUCGUUUUCUUUACCCAAUUUAAAGAAUUUGAGCCUAAAAAAUUACGAAUUCUCGGAUAAAAACUACAAUGUGGGGCUGUUUUCGGGGUGUCCGAGUCUUGAAACUUUAAUUCUGACGAAAUGUAGCAUUAGGCCGAUGAAUAAGCUCAAGUGUUUGGAUGUGAAAUGCUCGAAUCUCAAGCAUUUGGAGAUCAGGCGGUGGAGGAGCCCAUGGAGGUGCUUCGAUGAGCAUGUGAUCAACGUGAAUGCUCCUAGGCUCGCGUUCUUGAAGUUCCAAGGCCCUCUUGUUAGGCUGAAUUUCGGGGAGGCGUUUCCCUGCGUGGAGAGGGCGUGCUUCGAGCUGUUCUUCCCCACGGCUUGUGUGAUGCUCGAUGGCGAGGGUAGGAAGCAGAGGGUUUCAGAAUGUUUGUUGGGUAUGCUUCUCAAUGUGUGCAGCAGCGUGAGAGCUCUUUCUCUGUCGUUGAGGACGAUUGAGGUUGUGUGCAGCAUUCGUGAUUUACGCGCUCAUGCUCCUGUCAUUUUCGAGAAUUUGAGGAUCAUAAGGUUCACAACUGAGAACAAGUUUAGGGAGAAGGCUUUUCCUGUUGAGACUGUUAGCUGUUUGCUGGAUAAGACAGCUACUGAUGUUUUGACCUUUGAUGGUUUUAAGGUCAAGAGAGUCCCACCCGAGGUUUCAAAGGCCAAAUCUAAGAGACAUGCUACACAUAUCUCUAUCCCAAUGCAUUUUGUGAAGUUUCUGUUGGAGAGCUCGCCGUCUGCUGAGCUUUUGAGUCUUGAAAUGCCAAAUAUAGCUAUUCGUGUGCGUGCAGUUAUCAUCAGACGAAGAAUGGUGUUGAAGAGGCAGCACGUGACAAGAUCAUUGUAUCAUCCUAGGGUGAUUUUUUCUGGUUCAAUCAAUGUUCGUGACCUCUGCCGUUUCUCCUACAGAUCAAAGCAAGCUAGUGAUGCACCUCCUUGUAACUAUCUCUCUACUUAGCUUUUAGUAUUUUGGAAGCACGUUUCUGAUUGAACUCAUUUGCUGCUUCGUUCCUUGAUGCCUAUACAGUGUUGUGACUGCAAUGUGGAUGUUUUUUUGCUCUGUAUCAUGUUAGGACUUGUUUUGAGCCUCAUUUCUUGUCAAUGAAAAAUAAAACAUUGAUUUGGAAUCAAAAUUGACAUUUACAAA